AUGGCAUCGAAAAAGGACAUGCGGAGGUUAGACCUCGCCAUCCCCUAUGUCGACCCGCCCGCCAACAAGGAUGAUGCCGAUAUGUCUGGCGCAAUGACCAGCACCUUGCCCAUGGCCGCGAUGUUCACUCGUAACAGGGUCUCAUUCGUCUUUUCGCUUCAAAAUUGGCUCGGCGAAACACCCGAGCAGAAAAGGACGGCGUCUACUCCCGCGUAUAUGUCCGUUUUCAUGUCCUUGAUGGCGUUGGUUGUUGUACACCCCUUCGCCGAAGCUGACGAAGACACCGGCGAGACCAAGCAGUCUCAAAAUUAUAUCCAUAUACGGAUUCAGCAGCGCAAUGGUCGAAAAACCUUGACUACUGUUCAGGGUCUUCCUAAGAAGUUUGAUCAGAAGAAGAUCUUAAAGGUGAUCAAGAAGAAGUUCGCCUGCAAUGGCACCAUCGUCGCCGAUAGUGAGAUGGGCGAGGUGAUUCAGCUGCAAGGUGAUCAGCGUAAAGAUGUUCAGGAGUUCUUGACCGACAAGAAGGAGGGUCUCGAGCUGGAUGCCAAGACCAUCAAGGUCCACGGUUUCUAA